AGAACUUGCUUCCAGGCUCAGCAUUUGAUCUGCCCUUCUUAGCCAGCAUGCCUGCUGAUUACAAUGGAACGUGGGAAAUGGAAUCCAAUGAAAACUUCGACGGUUACAUGGUUGCCUUAGGCAUUGAUUUUGCCACUCGUAAGAUUGCAGGACACUUGAAACAAACGAAAGAAAUUAUUCAAGAUGGAGUCAAUUUUAAGACAAAAACACUGAGCACUUUAAGAAACUAUGAACUGAAUUACUCUGUGGGAGUGGCAUUUGAAGAAUACACCAAGGGGCUUGACAACCGAGUUGUGCAGACGCUCGUGAUUUGGGAUGGUGAUAAAUUAGUAUGUGUCCAGAAGGGAGAGAAGAAAAACAGAGGCUGGACACAUUGGAUUGAAGGGGAGAGACUGCAUUUGGAGCUGACAUGUGAAGACCAGGUGUGCCAUCAAGUAUUUAAGAAGAAAAAGUAAGCUAACCAGAAAGUCCAACCGGUUCCACGCUGUGCUAUUAUGCUAUUUGGGUUUUUUAAAAGCUAUGUAAUGCCUGCUUGACACUGCCAUGUAAGUGCAUUUCUGUGCACUGUUAACUAAGGCAAACACAUCCUUUAACACUAACAUUGAAACACUUCUGCAUGUUUUAAGGUCUCUUGCCUUUCAAU